AUGGGUUUAGUUUGUUCAAAUAAAAGAAAAAUCAAUUUGUUAAUUUAAGAAAAAGAUAAAUCCAAUCAUUCUAAAUUGCUAUUCACUACAUCAUUUAAAUAAGAAAUUAAACACUAAAGAGAUUCUACUAUUGAAUUUUUACUUAAAUAAAUUGAAUUGAUUGAUACACAAUAUGCUUUUUCUUAGGCUUUAUUAUAAAAUUUGAAUGAAUUGAUAAUAAGAAGGUCAAACAUUUUAUUUUUGAGUAAUCAAUAAAUGUCAACAAUUAAUGAUCAUCUUGGUUGUUGUGUUUUAAUAAUAAAACGACUUUAAGGGAAUGAGGAAUUCGAACAUUACUUUCCAAUUCUAUCAUAUUGUUUUUAUGAAUAGUGUUCAAAAUUGGAGAUUUAUUUAAAAAAACAAUAAAACGACUCAACAAGAUGUUGUUCUUUAUAAAGGAUAUCAUGA